ACCCAGAGAGAUGGGAUUGGGCAGUCGUGGCUUCUGACACGCCCCCUGGAUGAAGCAGCAGGAAACGUUUAGGAGCGCGAGCUGGGCCAGCUGCUGUAGGGAAGCGCGGGCACGGGACACGGAGGGCACAGAGAGCAUUUACCCAAAAGAGAGAGGGAGAGAGAGAGAGAUGGCACAACAAGUGCAACAGGAUUGUGUUUACGAACGAGCAGCACGAGACGAGCACAUCCUCGGGACGAUAACAGCUCGCGCGUUCACGAUUCUAGACGCGCACCAAUAAUUUCGCGGGUAUCAUUCUCAUCGCUCAUUUUAUUAUCAUCACGAUUUAUUUAUUUAUUUAACGAUUUCAGCGCGAAAUAUUCUCUGCUUUCCAUCCGCUGGCUUCCAUCUGUUAAUUAUGUUUUUUUGAAGCAGAGGAGAGGAAGGGAGGGAUGUUAUAAUCAGACCGCUGCAGUGUCUGGCCAGUGGAGGAGAUAAGAGGCAACCACGGAAACGGAACCGAUCUGGACAGGAGACGCACACCGGGAACAUACACCCUCCGGGGAUUCUAUUCUAUUCUUCUUGAUCGGCGCGUUGAUUCUGGAAUAUCAGGAAAAUAAACCCUCCACCCUUCCCUCCCUCCGUCCCUCUCUCCGUAUCGGGAAAGCCUCAACAUCCGUGCCUUAUAUCCUCUCCGUAUGCCGCUGGAGACUCCACAGCUGUAGCGGAGGACGCUGUUUACGGUCUGGCCGAGAGGUUUGGGCGCUCCGUCACCCCGGGGUGUGGCAGGCAGAGUGACCGCUGAGUGGAGGAUGGUUUGUGUGUGAAGAUGGGGAAGGACCAGGAACUACUGCAGGCAGUAAAGACGGAGGACCUGCUCACCGUUCAGAAGCUGCUGCAGAGGCCCGGGAAAGCAAAGCUCCUUGGUUCAGCUAAGAGGGUCAACGUCAACUUCCAGGAUACAGACGGGUUUGCUCCGCUGCACCAUGCUGCUCUCAGUGGGAACCUGGAGCUCAUCUCUCUGCUGCUGGAAUCGCAGGCCACCGUGGACAUCAGGGACCAGAAGGGGAUGCGCCCACUGCACUACGCGGCUUGGCAGGGGAAGGCGGAGCCUAUGAAGAUGCUGCUGAAGUCUGGUUCGUCGGUCAACGGCCAAUCAGACGAGGGACAGAUCCCUCUGCACCUGUCGGCACAGCACGGACACUACGACGUGUCUGAGAUGUUGCUUCAGCACCAGUCUAAUCCGUGUAUAGUGGACAAUGCAGGAAAGACUCCUCUCGAUCUGGCCUGUGAGUUCGGCAGGGUCGGGGUAGUUCAGCUCCUUCUCAACAGUAACAUGUGUGUGGCCCUGCUGGAACUGAAACCAGGAGAUUCUACUGACCCCAAUGGGACCUCUCCUCUACACCUGGCGGCCAAGAACGGACACAUAGACAUCAUCAGGCUGUUGAUCCAGUCUGGAAUAGACAUCAACAGACAGACCAAGGCUGGCACGGCUCUGCAUGAGGCAGCUCUCUGUGGGAAGACUGAGGCAGUUCGCCUCCUGCUGGAUAGUGGUAUCAAUGCAGCGGUGAGGAACACCUACAGCCAGACUGCUCUGGACAUAGUUUACCAGUUCUCUGCUUCACAGGCCAGCAGAGAGAUCAAACAGCUACUCAGAGAUGCGUCAGCAGCCCUCCAGGUCAGGGCCUUGAAGGAUUACUGCAACAACUAUGACCUGACCAGCCUCAACAUCAAGGCUGGGGACGUCAUCACGGUUCUCGAGCAGCAUGUUGACGGGCGCUGGAAGGGCUGUAUCCAUGACAACCGUACAGGAAAUGACCGCGUCGGCUACUUCCCUUCUACAAUAGUGGAGGUCAUCAACAAAAGAACAGGUUUGCCGAGCACAGUCAUUAACACCCAACAGUUUCAAAAGAUACAGCUCGUUCCCACGCCGACGGUCGCCCCCGCCAACUCAGCGGUCGUCAACGGCAACGAAACCACGUUCCAUCAGUUCCAUAUCCUGCCUCCUCCGCCUCCUCCACCUCCACAUACCCAUCAGCCACUGCUUCCACUAUUCACUUCCUUUGGCUAUAACAGGUCGCCCGUGACGACCCCGGGGGACACACCCCCCAACCCCCCAGGUUGUCGCGGCUCAGAAGCCACCCCUCACGGUUCCCCCACCCGGUCCUGCGGCCCCCAGGGCAGCUCCAGCGAGGAGAUAUGGGUGCUGCGCAAGCCCGGGCCAGGUGGAGACCGAAGUAGCGUGGGGAGUUCUGGCAGUGUGACCAGUGUGAGGUCAUCAGGGAGUGGUCAGAGUGCCGGGAGCUCCACCCACAUUCUCCACGCGCAGGCCGAGGGGGUUAAGCUCCUGGCUACAGUGCUGUCUCAGUCUGCCAAAGCCAAAGAGCACCUGCUGGAGCAGUCCAAGUCUGUAGAACUAUCUACAGGCUCCGCCUCUGCCUCUAGACAGUCGAGCCAAUCAGGAUGCCCGCUCCAUGAAGCUCCACCCUAUGAUGCCACGGCAACCUGGAAGGGGGAGGGGCAAGGCGAGGGGAAGAGCUCUGAGGCUGUUAUCCAAUGGCUGAGUGACUUUCAGCUGCAGGUCUACGCUCCAAACUUCAUCAGCGCCGGGUAUGACAUAGCCACCAUUAGCAGAAUGACCCCAGAGGAUCUCACGGCCAUCGGAGUGACCAAACCAGGCCACAGAAAGAAGAUGACAUCUGAGAUCAACAAACUCAGCGUCACUGAGUGGCUCCCUGACCAGAAACCUGCCAGCCUGGCAGAGUGGUUGUCAGCGAUAGGGCUGAGUCAGUACCAGCAGGUUCUGGUGCAGAACGGAUAUGAAAACAUCGACUUCAUCACAGACAUCACCUGGGAGGACCUGCAGGAGAUAGGCAUCAUGAAGCUGGGUCACCAGAAGAAGCUGAUGCUAGCUGUGAAGCGAUUGGCUGAGAUGCAGCGUGGCUCUGAGGGGCGGAGCUCCCCCAGGAAGAAGCCUCCACCAAUCACACAGCAGCAGGAAGUGAUGUCCAUAGAGAACAGGCCCCCUGACAAUGAAGUCGUCACUUCUCCCAAGUUGUGCACCUUCCAGGACAGCGAGUUGAGCCCCGAGCUGCAGACAGCGCUGAUCCAGCCUAUCCCAGAGGUCAAGGGUCAGAGGACCCGCAGCCUCAGCAAGGACCCUGAGGAGGGAGUAGGGCCAGGGGGUAGAGGAGGAGGAGGAGUGCCCCCUAAGAAGGAGGCUCGGACCAUGAGACAGACCAGCCAGGGGAGCCAGAGAGGCAGCGCCUCAUCCAAACCUCGCCCACCCUCCCACGCCCACUCAAUGCCGGCACCCCCUUACACUCCCCCUCACACCCCCACCAAGAAACCCCUGCACUCCUCCACCUCCGCCCCGGGCCCCUCACCGCAGGCCAAACCCAAAUCCUCCCCACAGCUAAUACAAGGAGAGAGGCCUGGUUCCCCCCGCUCUCACCCCCUGUCCAACGCACAUCGCGGGACUCACAACACCCAGACUCAGCCUGGUCCUCAGCCCCAGUCUGGUCCUCAGCCCCAGCCUGGUCCUCAGCCUCAACCUGGUCCUCAGCCCCAGCCUGGUCCUCAGCCCCAGCCUGGUCCUCAGCCCCAGCCUGGUCCUCAACCCCAGCCUGGUACUCAGCCCCAGCACCAACCCACACCUACUCCCCAAUCUCAGCCUACAGCCCAUCCGACGGAGGAAGAGGAGAGGGAGAGGGAGAAAGAGAGGGGGAUUGAGAGGGAGAAAGAGAGGGGGAUUGAGAGGGAGAAAGAGAGGGGGAUUGAGAAGGAGAGCACCCUCCAGCUGCAGCCCAGCCCCCAGGUUUCUGUUCCCCUCCUAUGCCUGCCUCCGGAGGCUGAGGGGGGAGACGGGGGAGAGAUGGGUGAGGCGGGUGAGGCCCCCCUUAAGAAGCGAGCUAACAGUCUGAACCGCUACGCUGGGUCUGACGGGGAGGGGGAGGAGAGGGGGGGUGGAGGUGCAGGGGCGGGGACAGGAGUGGCCCCUCCAGGGAGGGUAGCAGGGGGCGGUACAGGUAAAUACGCCACGGUGACUCACCGGGUCAGCCGCAGCCACUCCGUACGCAACCAGGACAAGAACGUCAACCGCAGCCAAUCACAGUCCAUCGCCCUACGGCCCAAGAAGAAAGGCCCGCCCCCUCCGCCUCCCAAACGCUCCAGCUCAGCUAUCUCGAACUCCAACCUCGCCGACACACACACACCGACACACACACACGCGGCGGACAGGCUGCUGGGCGUGCCCUACAACCCCCAGCGACGGGCCAGCGACCUGGGUGUGUCCGUGGAGACGGUCGUCGUGGAUACGGGGAGCGCGGGCAGCGUGAGGAGCAUAGCGGCCAUGUUGGAAAUGUCCUCUAUCGGGGGAGGGGCCAAGGGCAUGGCUAUACAGAGAAACUUCCUGCAGCAGCGGGAUGCCAUUGGUCUGGACGGGGAGGUGGUGAACCGCCGUAGAACCAUCAGUGGUCCUGUUACUGAGCUGGUCGCUGCAGCUAGGAGGGACAGACCUACCCCUGUACCCCUGUGUACCGUAUCCCUGUGUACCGCACCCCAACCCUCUCCUCUCCCUUCUACACCCCCUUCCUCCCCUCGCUCCCCCUCCUCCCCUCACCCCUUGUCUCCUCACCCCUCGUCUCCUCACACCCCUUCUUCCGGUAGUUCGGCCGAGAACCUUCCGUUUGCUGCUGAGAGGAAACAGACCGUGAAGAGGCAGAGAGGAGAGGGAGAGGAAGAAGGAGAAACAGAGGGUGAUGGAGACGGUCUCCAUGGAGACGGCGUGUUCUCCCUUCCCCAGGAUGAGCUGUCCCGGGUCGACGCCACGGCAACCCUGAAACGGCGUCCCCGCUGCAACAAGCCUCACCCCAACGGGUCGCGUUUCACCCUGACAGAGUCUUCCACCGUCAAGCGCCGUCCCAAGAGCAGAGACAAGGAGCCGGAGGGCUUCUCAGAGAGCGGCAUCGCAGACAUCACCGGGACCUCCAAGACAUGGGCCUCUAACACCGGGGCCUCUAACACCGUUGCCUCUAACAUCGGGGCCGUUCACACCGGGGCUGUUACCGGGCCGGAGCCGGGGCCAGCUGUCCCGUACGAGAAUGGCACCGCCACCGUUAAACGCCGGCCGGUGUAUGAGACGGGGGAAGCGGAGCCUAGUCCGAUCCAGGCUACGCCUCCUCUCAGGGACAGCUCAGACCUGGGAGGACCAGGGGUGGUGGCGGGGGGAGAAGGGGGAGGGGCGGUGACCCCUGUGAGGAAACCCAAACCCCCCGUCUCCCCCAAACCUGUCCUGGCUCAGAUGAGGAGACACUCCUCCUCUAGAAAAGUCCCCCUGCCUGGACCUGGCACCCCCGGCAGCCCAGUUGAAGCAAAGAAGAUUCCUCCCCCAGUCUCCCCCAAACCGGCUCCUCCCCCCACAGCCCCUAAACCAACCAAACACCUCCACUCUAUAACCACACCCACCUCCCCCCCCUACUCCUCCUCCUCCCCCAAACCCCCCACCUCUCCCGCCCAGAGUCCCCACACCCCACUCACCCCCCAGAGUCCCCACACCCCCCUCACACCCACCCCUCCACCUAUCAAACCCCCCCGCUCCUCCAUCGGGGGCGUGUCCGUGGACAUGGGAACCGUGGCAGCGGUCAGCGUGGUGAUGUCAGAGGCGGAGUCUGUGCAUCAGAAGCUGGAGGAGACGAGCGCGUCAUUGGCUGCUGCCUUAAAGGCUGUAGAGGACAAGAUACGAGAGGAACAAGAUUGGGUUGCAGAGGAGAAGACGACGGUCAGUAUCCUUGACGACAUCGGCAGCAUGUUUGACGACCUGGCCGACCAGCUUGACGCCAUGUUGGAGUAACCGCGACAACAGCUGUCCGUCCCCGUGACAAAGCAGCCUGCCUCAGGACUUCCUCCUUCCCUCCGCAGGCACAACGCUCCUCCUCUCUCUCUCUCUCUCUCCAUCCUCCUCUGUCCACUAAAGGACAGAGGACCACUCCAUUACAGAGGAGAACUCUUGGCCGCUAGGCAGUUACAGCCUCAUGUGAUGAAUUGUAGUUAUGGUUGAUGUGAUGUGUACAUUGUCAGCAUGAAGAGCGUUUAUAUUUACAGAAAACAGGCUCCUCUCUGAGAGAGAGUCAUGCAUUAGUUCAGUCAUAUUAUAAAUAUAUAUAUAUAUAUAUAUAAUAUAUAGAUAUACGAUUUGGUCUUCUCUGUUGAAUGGUUAUGCUGUUGUCAUGUUUAUGAAUCGCUGGAAUGUUAAUGUGACCAAAAUGUAACUCUGCUCCUGAAGUGUGUGUUCUGGAAUUGUGAGUGUUCUGGAAUCGUGAGUGUUCUGGAAUCGUCACUGUUCUGGAAUCGUCACUGUUCUGGAAUCGUGAGUGUUCUGGACGGAGAGGAGGAGAUGACAGCUGGUUGGAUGUAAAGGGCUUCGGAAUGGCAGAACUUCCUGUACAAGCCCCGCCUCCAGAGGCCAGAUUCCGAUGUUAUUCUCUCCUCCUUCCAUAACAUACCCCUCCCUCCCUGUUAUUAACACAGCACAGUGUUGAGUCUGGGGCUCAGGUGGGGGGGGGGUCAAGGGUUCUAGAGGUUCAGUACCAUGUUGACCUCUACUGCACAAUAGAGAAAGUAUAGUUUACGUUUACUUAGUGUGGUUACGGGCUGACUGAACUGGAACGAAGGGCUCUGUUCAGUCUGGAGAGAUGAAGUGGUACAGAUGGCGGAAUAAGAGAUGUCAAAAGGUCAUUUCCCCUUUGACACGACAUGUACAGCGUUGGGUCUUUCGCUGUCGCGGCAAUGUUGCCUUUAUAUUCCAGUGACAUCAAAACACUGAACUUCCACGAUAAGGGAUCAGAGGGAGGGGAUCAGAGGGGGGGGGGGGGGGGGGGGGGGGGGUUCUGAUGGUGAUGGUGGCUCAUCUUCAAUUCCUCUACUUUACUGCAUCUCUCUCCUUCACUAUUCUCUCGCCCUCCUUUCUCCCCCCUCACUAUUCUCUCUCUCGCCCUCUUUCUCUCUCCCCCUUCACUAUUCUCUCUCUCGCCCUUUCUCCCCCCUCACUAUUCUCUCUCCCCCCUCACUAUUCUCUUUCUCUCCUCACUAUUCUCUCUCUCCCCUCACUAUUCUCUCUCUCCCCUCACUAUUCUCUCUCUCCCCUCACUAUUCUCUCUCUCUCUCCCCUCACUAUUCUCUCUCUCUCUCCCCUCACUAUUCUCUCUCUCCCCUCACUAUUCUCCCCUCACUAUUCUCUCUCUCCUCUCACUAUUCUCUCUCUCCUCACUCUACUCUCUCUCUCCUCACUAUACUCUCUCUCCUCACUAUUCUCUCUCUCUCUCCUCACUAUUCUCUCCCCCCCCCCCCACCUAAACCUGUUAACGUCACAGUGAGGUCUAUCUGCGUCAUCCAUCUCUCGCUCCCUCCAUCCCUCCGUUCCACCCUGUCGGAGGUGUUAAUGUCCCGUCCCCCCCCCCUAAACCUGCUAACGUUACAGUAAGGUUCAUCUGCGUCAUCCAUCCAGACAGAACUCACUACAGCCUCUCUUUACGUGCUAAGAGAAUAGUUGGAAUGUUGACGUAAUGAAUAUAUAUAUAUAUAGAGUAAUAUGUGGAUAAUUUUGCAACAACAACAAAAAUGUUUUUAAAUUCUGAUUUUAUGAUGUUGGUUUGUUCUGAAGGCUGUAGGUGUUAAGUUUAAAGUUUAAAGUUGUAAAUAAUUACAUGUUAUGUUCUCAAUAAUCAUUUAAAAAUGUAAAUUAUCUUUCUUAGGGUUCGUUUUAUUUUCAUGAGAGCUUUAUCUGGGCCUGUCUUCUUGUCCAGGUGAUCUGGGUCUGUCUUCUUGUCCAGGUGAUCUGGGCCUGUCUUCAUGUCCGGGUGAUCUGGGCUUGUCCUCAUGUCCGGGUGAUCCGGGCCUGUCUUCAUGUCCGGGUGAUCUGGGCCUGUCUUCUUGUCCGGGUGAUCUGGGCCUGUCUUCUUGUCCAGGUGAUCUGGGCCUGUCUUCUUGUCCAGGUGAUCUGGGCUUGUCCUCAUGUCCGGGUGAUCCGGGCCUGUCUUUAUGUCCGGGUGAUCCGGGCCUGUCUUCAUGUCCGGGUGAUCCGGGCCUGUCUUCUUGUCCAGGUGAUCUGGGCCUGUCUUCAUGUCCGGGUGAUCUGGGCUUGUCCUCAUGUCCGGGUGAUCCGGGCCUGUCUUUAUGUCCGGGUGAUCCGGGCCUGUCUUCAUGUCCGGGUGAUCUGGGCUUGUCCUCAUGUCCGGGUGAUCCGGGCCUGUCUUCAUGUCCGGGUGAUUCGGGCCUGUCUUCUUGUCCAGGUGAUCUGGGCCUGUCUUCAUGUCCAGGUGAUCUGGGCUUGUCCUCAUGUCCGGGUGAUCUGGGCCUGUCUUCAUGUCCGGGUGAUCUGGGCCUGUCUUUAUGUCCGGGUGAUCCGGGCCUGUCUUCAUGUCCGGGUGAUCUGGGCCUGUCUUCUUGUCUGGGUGAUCUGGGCCUGUCUUUAUGUCCGGGUGAUCUGGGUGGGGUCAGUCGGUCAUCCAGGUGAUCGACCGACCCCAAAGUGCUGCAUGUUUAAUGACGACAGACACCGGUCUCGAUGGCUUGAACCCCGGGUCACAAGACUUGCGUUAGCUUCCUGAGCUAAAGGCUGAGCCUAGGCAUUAUCUCUAAGAGCUAAACAAGUCUUCAUGUUCACAGAAUCACCUCCGUUACAUAAACCUCCACAACGUCUGGUCACAUGACUCCAGUCCCAUCUCUCUCCUCUUCCCGACUCUAUCCUGACCCAAUCUGAGAUGGGUUGUACCACCCUGAGGAGAAGUUGGCCCUAACCACAAAUCUAGGAUCAGCUUCUUCCCUCUUAACCUUAAAGCAUCGAGGGGAAACAUAGAACUGAUUCAAGAUCAGCGUCUGUCAGCCCCAUGUGUGUAAAUAUAGCUGGAUAUUUUUCCAAUGCUGCUUCUAUCUUCCUGAGUCUCGCUCCUUUCUUUGUGUUGGGGGGGGACUGAAUAUUAAAUUAGAACAGCCGUGGUCAAAACAGAGGGAGGGACUGAAUAUUAAAUUAGAACAGCCGUGGUCAAAACAGAGGGAGGGACUGAAUAUUAAAUUAGAACAGCCGUGGUCAAAACAGAGGGAGGGACUGAAUAUUAAAUUAGAACAGCCGUGGUCAAAACAGAGGGAGGGACUGAAUAUUAAAUUAGAACAGCCGUGGUCAAAACAGAGGGGGGAACUGAAUAUUAAAUUAGGGGGAGGGACUGCAUAUUAAAUUAGGGGGAGGGACUGCAUAUUAAAUUAGGGGGAGGGACCGCAUAUUAAAUUAGGGGGAGGGACCGCAUAUUAAAUUAGGGGGAGGGACCGCAUAUUAAAUUAGGGGGAGGGACCAUAGUACUGUUUUUGUUUGUUUGUUUUUAAAAAAAAAGAAAAAGUUGUUUUUACGUUCGCUUGUGAGCAUCGACAGAGACCAGAGUGGUUUCUGGGCCCCGCUGCAAGAGAGUGUGUGUGUGUGUGUGUGUGUGUUGUAGCUACUCUGCUGUGUGUUGACAGUAUGAACCAGUCGGUGGGAACGUGGUGUGCUUGCAGUGAUGCAUCUAUGGAUUUAUUCCUCUCAGAAUAAAUAAAUGUUCUAUACAAACUCUG